GGAAGGGAGAGAGAAAGGGAGAAAAAGAAGCUCAAUGAUUGAAAAUUCCAAUAUGUAGGGUCUAACAAAACAGGCAAUGUAAUGAAGCAUUAAUACUUAAAUUCUGCAUAUUAAAGUAUUUAAAAUAGAAUAAGAAAUCUAAGAAUAUUCAAUAAUAAAAAACAAUAUACUCUUAUUAUAGAAAUCUAUAAUCUAUAUAUAAAUAUUCAAUUAGAUAUUAAAUAUAGAAGAGAUAAAAUAAAAAAAAUAAAGUCAAGAGCUUAAAGCCAAUAAAGACUAAGAAAAAUGGCUAAAGACUUAAAUUAUUCAUAUAUUAUUACUAUUUGAGCUCCAUUGUAAAAUUAGGACCUAACCAUUAAGUAAGAAGUGAUGGGGACGACGGAACUUAUGAGAAUACAAAAGAUUCAAUUCAAUUCAAGAUGAAAUAAAAAAAAAUCUUAAACAUUCACUGGCUGGGAUGGCGGAAUAAACCAAUGUUAAAUUAUUUUAUUUCUAGAUACUAGCUAUAAGAUGUCACAAACUCGUCCUAGAAAUGAAAUCUAAAUUGACAGAGUCAAUAUUCGCCCGCGAAAACUUUUUUCAAAAGAAUCAAUAUUCAAUCUAAAGCAAUAUAAAGAAUAGUCAAAAAUGAAGGAUUAGUUAGACUCAGAGAAUCAUGAAAAAACUGUAGAAUAAUUCAUUUCAAUUCAAAUAGAUUUAAAAAAAGAUCACUCAAUCCCUAAAUAUUAUUUUGACUUCUCAGUCCAGACUUUUAUUAUCUAUCUUUAGAUUUAGAUAUCUUCACUAUGAUUAGUCAAUUUGAGUCAAACGCUCAUUUUGUAAAUACUUUAUUCGUAAUUCGCGAGGAGCUGGAUGAGAAGAAACUCUCACAUCCGGUUCUGUAGUAGAGAUGGAAUAAAUAAAAAUCCAUCAACUAUAACCCCAAAAGAACCAGAUUCCGUAAACAACAUAGAGGAAGAAUGAAGGGGAAUAGCUUCUCGAGGGAAUCAUAUUUGUUUCGGUAAAUAUGCGCUUCAAGCACUUGAACCCGCUUGGAUCACAUCUAGACAAAUAGAAGCUGGGCGACGGGCUAUGACACGAAAUGCACGUCGUGGAGGAAAAAUAUGGGUACGUAUAUUUCCCGAUAAACCAGUUACUGUACGGACCCGCAGAAACACGUAUGGGUUCAGGAAAAGGAUCCCCUGAAUAUUGGGGUUGCUGUUGUUAAACCCGGUCGGAUACUUUUUGAAAUGGGUGGAGUAACAAAAAAUAUUGCCAGAAAAGCUAUUUCAAUAGCAGCAUCAAAAAUGCCGAUACAAACUCAAUUCAUUAUUUCGGAGAUAGAAUAGACGAUAUAACUCUAGAACCAACCCAAAGAAUCUUAAGAAUGAAACAAAAACAAAAAAAAAAAGAGGUUUCGUUUUAUGUUUGUGGACAAAAAAUAUUUCUUUUUUUCUUCGCCCUUUGCAUUGUGAAAGAAAAGAAUAAAAAAAAUGCUAUGAUUCAAUCCCAAACCCUUUUAAAUGUAGCGGAUAACAGCGGGGCUCGAAAAUUGAUGUGUAUUCGAAUAAUAGGAGCUAGCAAUCGUCGAUAUGCUUAUAUUGGUGACAUUAUUGUUGCUGUUAUCAAAGAAGCUGUACCUAACAUGCCUCUACAAAGAUCUGAAGUAGUUAGAGCCGUAAUCGUGCGUACCUCUAAAGAACUAAAACGUGGCAACGGGAUAAUAAUACGAUAUGAUGAUAAUGCCGCAGUUGUUAUUGAUAAAGAAGGAAAUCCAAAAGGGACCAGAAUUUUUGGUCCAAUCCCCCGGGAGUUAAGACAAUUAAAUUUUACUAAAAUCGUUUCAUUAGCUCCUGAGGUAUUAUAAAAAAAAUUAAAAAAUGGGAGUAGAAUCUGUCUCACGUAUAUAACUUUAAGAUUAAAAUAAAGUAAGAUAAACACAAUAAUCCAUAGACAAUAAAAAAAACACGUUGAGAGUAGAAAAAUUUUUAGCUCCAUAAUUAGAGUUCAUCAUGGGUAGGGACACUAUUGCUGAGAUAAUAACUUCUAUACGGAAUACUCAUAGGGAUGGAAAAAGAACAGUUCGAAUCCCAUCCCAGUAAUAUUAACGAAAAGAUUGUAAAACUCCUUUUAAAAGAAGGUUUUAUUGAAAGUGUGAGAAAUCAUCGAGAAAACAACAAAAAUUUUUUAGUUUUAACUCUGCAACAUAUAAACACUAAAAAAAGGACCUUUAGCAAUAUUCUAAAUUUAAAACGGAUAAGUCGACCCGGUCUACGAAUGUAUUCUAAGUCUAAAAAAAUACCUAAAAUUUUAGGCGGGAUGGGGGUUGUAAUUCUUUCUACUUCACGUGGUAUAAUGACAGACCGAGAAGCCCGACUGCAAAGAAUCGGGGGGGAGAUUUUGUUUUAUAUAUGGUAAUAUUUUCAAGAUGCCAAUUAGGUAGAAACUUUCCAUUUCUAUGAUUCCCAAAUGGGAUAUUUUAGAAUCUAAUGAAAUCCCCAUUCCUUAUUGCUUCUAGGUCACUGAAAUAAAGAAUAAAGUCCUUCGGAUGAAAGAACAAAAAUCACUUUCCUUUUUUUCAAGAAUUUUUUUAUUAAGGAAUCCUUUUCAAAUAGUAUGUUCUGGUUUUCUUUUUUAUUGAUUUAGAUAAUCAACUAAUAAAGUAAUAAAGAUUGGAUUAUAAGUUCUUUUUGUGAAAAUAGGCUAAAUUCAUUUUUAGUUUAGACGGAUAACUUCAGAACAAGUCGAUGAAGCUUUUGCAACACAACAAUGAUUCAAAGGAGUCAUUUUUAAACUUAGCUAUCUCUUUGGCAAAAAUAACAAAAUUAGAAAUUGAAAAUAAAAAAAAAAAUGAAUGUUUUUAUUAUAAUCUUCCAAUCAAACCGAAACUCUAAAGUAAAUUUAAAAGAAAUGUAAGGAGUCUGAAUAUGAAAAUAAGAGCUUCUGUUCGUAAAAUUUGUGACAGAUGUCGAUUAAUACGGAGAAGGGGACGACUUAUAGUAAUUUGUUCCAAUCCCAGACAUAAACAACGACAGGGAUAAUAAGACUUCGCAACUUAACUUAGUAACUAAACCAAUUAUAGAAAUGAAAGAAUCGUGAAAUGGAUAUAUCCAUAUAGUAUAUCGCU